CCUUAUCUCCACCCCUGUGACGUCAUGAAGUGUUAGGUCCCCACCUGUUUAUCUUUACCACCCGCAUAGACGCUGUGAGCUAGCCUGGAAGCCAGACUGUUUCCAGGGUCUACACAAACCAGGACGGUGAAAAGAUUUUCUGAAGGCUCCUAACGCUGAGGAGUUGGCCUUGAAAAAAAGUCUGGCUUUCAGUUGGAACAGCCAAGAGUGUACCUAAACCACUAUGGAGUCCCCAAACCAGCGCGGGGCCCGUCCCCAGCAGAAGAAGUACGUUGUAGGCGGCGCCAGGGGCCUUGGAGGGGCCCAGAUCUUCUUCGCCGGUCUGUUGAUAACCUUCGGAAUCAUCGGCAUGGUCAUACAGACGUUUUUGUUCCCCGUUGGGACGCCAGUAUGGACUGGACUAGUGUACCUGGUGACGGGCAUUUUGGGAGUUGUAUCAAGCCACAGGAACACCAAAUGUGUGCUCAUCGGCCUUCUUGUGAUGUCAUGUUUGAGCGUGUUGAUGACGUUCUGUGGGAUCGCGACGGCCUCUGUUGCCAUUGAAGGUGAACACUGGAGCACGUGGCCCGGGUCUGUAGGCUGUUACUAUGACUGGGACACCCAGAAGAAUAUCUGUACCAACAUUGACAUCGCCCGUUUCACCAUUGACGCGGCAAACCUGCUGUUUGCGCUGGUUGAGCUGGGUCUGUCCAUCGCCACCAUAGCCGUCUGCUCGUACACGCUGUGCAAGGGGUGCUGUGGGGAGGGGGGCAGCUGUUGUAGGAAUGGUAACAAUGGAAACGCCUACCAGACCAUGCACGAGGUUGGACAGGGAGGACGGCUGGUGCCGCUGCAGAACUUUGCAAACAUCAACUACGCUCCAGCGCACUCUGCGCAUGCUCCGUCCUACGUCAUCAGUAGCACCAUACCUCCUCAACACGGAGAAGUGCAGCAAGGAAUGGCUGCUGCAGGUCCUGGGGACCAGGCUAUGACUCUGGCGCAUGCGCAACAACAACAACAUCAGCAACAGAAGAGCGAGCCUCCACAGCAGCAGGGCGCCUCCCCAGACGCGCAUGCGCAACCUGGUUACGUCAGCCCUCCACCGGGGUACAACCAGGCUUAGAUCAUUCACCUCCAAGCAGAUGUAGGGUGCACCUUGUCCUAUCUUGGAGAUAAUGAUAAACCAUGCGAUAACUGUACGAGCAGUUGUAAGUAUUUUCGGUAGAGCAUUUUAAUAUACGAUGUGGACAAUGGAAGUACAGUCAAACCUGCCCGAGCGACCACCUCUUCUCAACGACCACCUGGCCAACGCGACCGCGACCAGCCCAAAUUGGGACCCAUAACGACCGUAUC